AUGAGACUCCUCCUGAAGCAGCGAAGCUGUGAUGCUGAGCUGAAGGGUCCCGAGCAGAAGACGACUGCCGUGAUUGUGCCGGAGACCGGCAGUGAGAAUCCGUUGCGCACUCCGACAAUCGAGGCGGAGAACGUGCACAAAGUCUACGAUGCAAUUGCCAGCCACUGGAACCAUACGCGCUACAAAGCCUGGCCCAAAGUGGAGGCAUUUAUCCGUGGCUUGCCGCGUGGAUCUUUGGUUGCUGAUCUUGGUUGUGGCAAUGGCAAGAAUUUGCCACAUGUCAAGGAAGCUGGAUGCUUUCCUGUGGCGAGCGAUAUCAGUGGAGCACUGGCAGAAAUUGCUGCCAAGGAGCACGGAGUCUGCUGCAUGGUUUCUGACUGCCUGUGUGCGCCGUUGCGCAGUGGCAGCUUCGAUGCAGUGCUUUCCAUUGCUGUUUUACAUCAUUUGUCCACAGAGCCUCGGCGAGUACAGGCUCUGCGAGAAGCCGCGCGCUUGCUCAGACCAGGCGGCCAACUCCUUGUCUACUGUUGGAGCUACGAGCAGGACGACCAGCGAUCGCGGUCACGGCACCGCUUCGAAGCCCAGGAUGUCUUGGUUCCCUGGAGCUUCCGAACACCCGGCGUGAAGAAGGCAGCUGGAGGCACCUCGAAGGGUGGCCGUGACGAAACCCUGCUGAAGGACGCCGCAGGAGGUGACGAGGAUGGAGGCAGCUGGGAAGCAAAACCGCCCGUGUGCCAAAGAUAUUGUCACGUGUACAGGGAGGGCGAGCUACAAGAGCUGUUGGAGCAGUUGCCGGAAUUGGAGACUCUGGAAAGCUAUUUCGACACUGGCAACUGGUGUGCCGUAGCGAGAAAGCGAGACGUGCGACCUUUGACGUCCCCGGACAGUUCAGCCUUACGGCAGCCGGAGUAA